AUGUCAGUCCCCUGGCCGUCUGCCCCCAGCCGGACCGGGGCAGCGGUGGCCUGCCUGACGGAGGCCCUCCUCUGGGUCGGAGCGAGCGUGGCCUUGUCCCCGCCAUGGCAGCUUGGCCCACUAGUGGAGAGAUGUAUGAGCGCCAUGCAGGCGGGGACUCAGAUGGUGAAGCUCCGUGGCAGCUCCAAGGGCCUCGUCCGCUUCUACUUCCUGGACGAGCAUCGCUCCUGCAUCCGCUGGCGGCCCUCACGCAAGAACGAGAAGGCCAAGAUCUCCAUCGACUCCAUCCAGGAGGUGAGCGAAGGGCGGCAGUCCGAGAUCUUCCAGCGCUACCCCGAUGGCAUUUUCGACCCCAACUGCUGCUUCAGCAUCUACCAUGGCAACCACCGAGAGUCGCUGGACCUGGUCUCGCCCAGCGGGGAUGAGGCGCGCACCUGGGUCACGGGCCUGCGCUACCUCAUGGCGGGCAUCAGCGACGAGGACAGCCUGGCCCGCCGCCAGCGCACGAGGGACCAGUGGCUGAAGCAGACGUUUGACGAGGCCGACAAGAACGGGGACGGGAGCCUGAGCAUCGGCGAGGUCCUGCAGCUGCUGCACAAGCUGAAUGUGAACCUGCCCCGGCAGAGGGUGAAGCAGAUGUUCAAGGAAGCAGACACAGAUGACCACCAGGGGACGCUGGGCUUUGAGGAGUUCUGUGCCUUCUAUAAGAUGAUGUCCACCCGCCGGGACCUCUACCUGCUCAUGCUGACCUACAGCGACCACAAGGACCACCUGGAUGCCGCUGACCUGCAGCGCUUCCUGGAGGUGGAGCAGAAGAUGGCGGGUGUGACCCUUGAGAGCUGCCGGGACAUCAUCAAGCAGUUUGAGCCUUGCCCAGAAAACAAGAGUAAGGGGGUGCUGGGCAUUGAUGGCUUCACCAACUAUACUCGGAGUCCUGCUGGCGACAUCUUCAACCCAGAGCACCAUGGUGUGCACCAGGACAUGACACGGCCACUGAGCCACUACUUUAUCACCUCGUCCCACAACACCUACCUCAUGGGCGACCAGCUCAUGUCCCAGUCUCGGGUAGACAUGUACGCCUGGGUUCUGCAGGCUGGCUGCCGUUGCGUGGAGGUGGACUGCUGGGAUGGGCCUGACGGGGAGCCCAUUGUGCACCAUGGCUAUACUCUGACCUCCAAGAUCCUCUUCAAAGAUGUCAUCGAAACCAUCAACAAAUACGCUUUUGUCAAGAAUGAGUACCCAGUGAUCCUGUCCAUUGAGAACCACUGCAGUGUCAUCCAACAGAAAAAGAUGGCCCAGUAUCUGACUGAUAUCCUUGGGGAUAAACUGGACUUGUCAUCAGUAAGCAGUGAGGAUGCCACCAUGCUUCCCUCUCCGCAGACGCUCAAGGGCAAGAUUCUGGUGAAGGGCAAGAAGCUUCCUGCCAACAUUGGUGAGGAUGCCGAGGAAGGCGAGGUGUCUGAUGAAGACAGUGCAGACGAGAUCGAUGAGGACUGCAAACUUCUUAACGGGGAUGUCGCCACCAGUCGGAAGCGUGUGGAAAACAUUGCCAAGAAGAAACUGGAUUCCCUAAUGAAGGAGUCGAAGAUUCGGGACUGUGAGGACCCAAAUGACUUCACCGUGUCCACACUGCCCUCGUCUGGAAAGCUUGGGCACAAGGCAGAGGGCAAAAAGGCCGAGGAGGACGUGGAGUCCGGGGAGGACGCCGGGGCCAGCCGACGGAACAAUCGCAUCACGAGCGGCUUCUCCAAGCUCAAGGUCUGCUACCGCGCCUGCCUGGGGCUGCACAGCGUGGGGGCCUCGAUGGCCCUCCCCUGGCCCACACCAGCCAACGCCCCCGGGUCCCUCGGGGCCAAGGCCGACCAGCACGCUGCAGAGGACCAGCAGAAAAAGAGCAGCAAGCUAAAGAAAGCAGCCAGCAUGGAGGAGGGGGAUGAGGACCUGGACUCCCAAGGCAGCCAGAGCCGAGGGUCAGUGCCCUGCCCCAGCCUGGACCCUGACCAGAGUGGCGGGCAGGAAGUGCCCGUGUCCCUGCAACAGCUAGUGUUGGAUGCGCAGGCCCCACGGUGGCCCCGUGACCGCAUGGUGGGGGAGGGGGAGCCCAGGGUGUGGACCUCAGGGUCUCGGGGCCGGACUGGCCAGCACGGGCCCCUGUGCCUGCUCCUAGUGCCCGUCGCGGUUGGAGACGUGUUCUUGGGUGGGCUCGGCGCCCGUGCCUGCCCCGCCCCCGUGUCCUUCCUCAGUGUCCACUGCACAUCCCGGCACCCGCAGCAGGGCGUAGUGCACGUUAGGGGAAUGUUCUGCAUGAAUCAGGCGAGCCGGCAGAAGAAGACCAUGAAGCUGUCCCGCGCCCUCUCGGACCUGGUGAAGUACACCAAGUCUGUGGGCAUGCACGACGUGGAGGCGGAGGGUGAGGGGACGAGGGCCCUGGUGUCGUCCUUCAGUGAGACCAGGGCCCAGCAGAUCCUGCAGCAGAAGCCGGCCCAGUACCUCCGCUUCAACCAGCACCAGCUCUCCCGCAUCUACCCCUCCUCCUACCGUGUGGACUCCAGCAACUACAACCCGCAGCCCUUCUGGAACGCGGGCUGCCAGAUGGUCGCCCUGAACUACCAGUCGGAGGGGCGGAUGCUGCAGCUGAACCGCGCCAAGUUCAGUGCCAACGGGAACUGUGGCUACGUGCUCAAGCCGCAGUGCAUGUGCCAGGGUGUCUUCAACCCCAACUCCGAGGACCCUCUGCCCGGGCAGCUCAAGAAGCAGCUGGUGCUCCGGAUCAUCAGCGGGCAGCAGCUCCCCAAGCCGAGGGAUUCAAUGCUGGGGGACCGAGGCGAGAUCAUUGACCCCUUCGUGGAGGUGGAGGUCAUCGGGCUCCCCGUGGACUGCAGCAAGGAGCAGACGCGUGUGGUGGACGACAAUGGAUUCAACCCCGUGUGGGAGGAGACCCUGGUGUUCACUGUGCAUAUGCCUGAGAUCGCACUGGUGCGCUUCCUCGUCUGGGACCAUGACCCCAUUGGGCGUGACUUCAUUGGCCAGAGGACACUGGCCUUCAGCAGCAUGAUGCCAGGCUAUCGGCACGUGUACCUGGAGGGGAUGGAAGAGGCCUCCAUCUUUGUCCACGUGGCCGUCAGUGAUAUCAGUGGUAAGGUCAAGCAGGCUCUGGGCCUAAAAGGCCUGUUCCACAGAGGCCCAAAGCCCGGCUCCCUGGACAGUCAUGCUGCUGGGCGGCCCCUGCCCCGGCCUUCCGUUAGCCAGCGGCUCCUGCGGCGUACGGCCAGCGCCCCGACCAAGAGCCGGAAGCCGGGCCGCAAGGCCCUCCCGGGGCUGGUCCUGGGCGCGUGGGACACAGGCUCCGAGGGGGAGGCCCGUGAUGUGGCAGCCCCCAGCCCCGGUCCCGCUCUGGAGGCCUCAGCCCCCGAGGAGCCCGGCAGCCCCCGAGAUACCCGCUCCUUCUCCGUGCAGAGGACGGGCUCCUCCCUAUGUGGUCUGGAAACCAUUGCUGAGGAGCCAGCCCCGGGCCCCGGCCCCCCACCUCUGGCGGCUGCCCCCCCCAGCCCCUCCCUGGGAGGGCCCCCACGCGCCUCGGGACCCCGCGCCAAAGUGGCGAGCCCUCCAGCCGUAGCUCUGGGAGCUUCCGCGCCCUUCCAGCCUGGGACCCAGAGCCGAGGGGACAUGGAGCCAGCCCCGGAAAGCCGGCGCAGGGUGUACAAUGGCGGGGGCCCCGGGGGGGCGCGUGAGGGGGCCCCUAACAGCCAGAUGGUCCGAAAGGCGGAGAGUGAGGGGCAGAUGCCCUCGGAGCUCCCAGGCGGAUGGCGGCCCCUGGCUGGGCCCUGCCCCACCGUGUACUCAGACGUCACGGGCGGAGAUCGGCUGUGGCGGCGGCUGGAACCAGGGGGCCAUCGCGACAGCGUGUCCUCGUCCUCCAGCGUGUCGUCCAGCGACACGGUCAUCGACCUCUCCCUGCCGGGCCUGGGCCUGGGCCUGGGCCGCGAGAGUGUCCCGGGGGCCCCAGCCGGACGCCUGCCCCUGCGGCCCUGCUCUGCCACGGCCGCCCGCCUGGACCUGCCUGCCGUGACCAAGAGCAAAUCCAGCCCCAACCUGCGGGCUGCCAGCCAGCUGCCCGCCACACCGGGAGAACUUCUGCCGCGGCCCCCGGCCCCUAGGCCGCCCUGGGGCCGCCUCCCUCUGGCGGGCCUCCGGGACUGCCCUGCGGCUGCCAAGUCCAAGAGCCUGGGGGACCUGACUGCUGAUGACUUUGCGCCCCAGGUGGAGAUCCUGGGCCAGAGCCUGGGCCUGGCGGGGGAGGGGCGGGCCGGGCGGGGUGCGCGGCGGGACGCGCUGACGGAGCAGCUGCGCUGGCUCACGGGCUUCCAGCAGGCUGGCGACAUCACCUCGCCCACCAGCCUGACUGUGGGCCUGACUGUGGCGGGGGAAGGGGUGCCUGGGCCCCCCGGCUUCCUGCGGCGCUCCUCCUCUCGCAGCCAGAGCCGUGUGCGCGCCAUCGCCAGCCGGGCCCGGCAGGCCCAGGAGCGGCAGCAGCGGCUGCAGGCCCCAAGGGCUCCCCCAGGGGAGGAGCGGGGCACCCCAGAGGGUGCCUGCUCAGGGGGCCAUGGGGGCUGUGGGGAUGUGCUGGCUCCCGCCAAGGGCUCUGCCGCCACCGGCCUCCUGCUCAGACUCUGA